GUACUUCUCGCGCAGCGUUCGAAUGUAUCGAGAAUUUCUCCUUCCUGUACUCCAUUGCAAGUUUUUUUGUAAAACCAUUGAAAUUUAAUCGUUGGAAACCGUGUUUCAUAAAACGAUUGUACGUCGACAGCGAAUCAAGAUCUUUGGGUGAAAGAUUCUUGUACUUCUCAGGUUUUUUGUGAGUGAUUUUUAAAAAUAAACUUAAUUAAGGUGGUUAUGCCGGUGGAAUUGGAAUCGAUGGCACCUGUCGCUCAUAAAACCAUCUCUCAUAAUGGAGAGAAGAUGAAUAAACUGUGCCGUCAACUCUCGAUUGAGAGCCCGAGCGUGACCGGUCGGGAUUGUGUCUUCAGCUUCGAUGUACCCGUGCCGGAUGUGCCGGCGCAUGGUGCCCGCAUCCGGGUGGUGUGCGCUGGUGCUUGUUACCAUCCUCGACGAUCACCGAGUCUGACCAGUUUGACCUCGGUCUCGAGUGGCAGUAGUCUGGCCGCCGACAUAUCCGUAGAAAGCGAUUACCCGGUAUUUAUACCGCAUCACGGGCUACGCGACGCUGCUCUAUUCCCCGGCUACGAAGUGGCUGGCGUGAUCGAAUCGUUUGGCACCGAGGUACCUGAAGACCGCGAACUUGCUGUGGGCGACCGCGUUAUUCUCUAUCCCUAUGAUGGCAUUCCCAAUGGUUACGUCGAAUAUCUGGUAGUGCACGACCUCAAGUACCUGAUCAAGCUUCCGGACAAUAUGUCACUUAGCGUGGGAGCUAUGCUGCCGGCCGGCGCGCUUCUUGCCAUGAACACCGUCUUCGCUGCGCAUGAACACGUGCAGGCAUUAUUGAAAGAGAGGGGUGAAAAGAGCGUGUGCAAGAUUCUUGUAGUUGGCACAGGUGGCCUUGCCUUGUGGGCCCUCAGAAUCGCAUCGUAUCACUUCAGUAAUAUGAGAGAUAGAGUUACUACUACGAUAGCCACUCUUAAGGACGAUGGUCUUCUCAUAGCUCAGGAAUUUCAACGGGUGAACGUAGUACAGUGGAACGAGGAUCUUUAUGAAAAGCAGUUGAUUGAACGCACGAUGGAUGCCUGUGGUGGCCAAGUAGACGUGGUAAUCGAUUUCGGCACGACAUCACGCAAUCUUCAUCGCAGCAUGCAAUGCCUAAGUAAGGGCGGUGUAGUGUUUGUGAUCAAGGAGGUAGAACCGGGUACUUUGGAGCAAUUACGAGAGCUGGUGCAACUAGUCGCCUCGGGCGACAUCGAACCGCCUCCGCACACCGUGUAUCCCGCCGAGGAAGCUCUGGAUGUCGUCCAAAAGCUUUGUCACUCGGAGAUCCAGGGUCGCGCAAUUCUCCGCUUUUAUCCCGCGGACUAGAAGAUUUUUCGUUAAGAGAUUUCUCCGCAAUAGCGGAUCAGGCGACAGAUUCGACGACGACGACCGAAAAAGUCCGGAUCCGGCCCGGUGAUGAGAGUUGUUUGCACAACUGAGAGUUACUAUGGCGUGUGCGUUUCGAAGUUUCAAUAUGUAGCUGAGAAGGACUUUUGAAUACAGAAGUAACUAUUGCUUCAUAUUGAGGGCCGGAGAUUAGAUAAAACAUUGAUACGUGUAGGAGGGGCAAUAGUUUGCGAAUAAGGAGACUUGACGACUUUGAGAGACAACAGGUAUAGUCUUCGUAGAAGUGACACGUAAACUCGAAGAGAUUUGACCUACCGGGUCAAAAAGAUCUCUCAAGAUCCAUAAAAUUUGACGAUACACGAAUGAAAGAAUUGACGAAAGAAUGAAUAAAAAAGAGUUGACAAAAAGAA